CCGGAAUCGAAAGAAAUCUGGAACAAAAAGGAAAUUUUGUGACAUUUCCCAUUAUGCGCGAAUUUAAUCCGUGUCGAUUAAUUACAAAUGUUGAAGAAAUUGAUCUCUGAAGAUAUCCGGGUAUACGAUGAAUUUGAUAGUUACGGAAUAUAGAAUCAUGGGAGGAUACACGGGAUUGGUUAGAAUUAUUCGUCGACGUCUGGUUUUAGGACUUAUAUUUACGUUGUCGCUCACUUAUUGCGCUUUUUCUUUAUUUCGCAACGAGAGAAAAUCAACGGAGUUGGAUAGCGAUCUCGAUGAUAUGGAGGCAAUGAUAAUAAAUGACAACAACGACGAUAUGAUAUCCGACGACGACGUUCCGUCUCAACAGCUGAAAGCAUCCGGUAAGCCUCAGUCCUGGGGGAUGGAUGUUCCGAACGAAGGGGGCAACGAAAAUGCGUUAGGUAUAGACUCGCCGUCUAAUUUGAACGACAGUGACACGUCCGAUCGACCAUGCCGCAAUUCUGUACAGGGCAAAGUAUUAAUAGUGGACGAGCACGGAGUAGUUUGCGCCAGGCACGAACUUUUGUCCAACGGUUGCUGUAGCAGGGAACAGAAGCAACCGUCCAAAGCGGAAGAGACCGUGGUUACGGCUGUGCUUAAGGAAAGAUACAGUUGCAAGACGUGCAACGCUCAAGGAUGCUGCGCCAUUUACGAAUAUUGCGUUUCCUGCUGCUUACAUCCUGCCAAGCAUAUUAAGGGAAAGAAGGAUAUCGUGGAAAGUGGUAAAAAUCAUCAAAGGAUAAAGGAAGACGAUGCGGUAAAGGUGCGCCUUCGCAACAUGGAUCGAUUUCAAACUUGCCUCGCCGCCUGUCGUACUUCCAGCGCUAGCGUGCGACACGAGAACACCUAUAAAGAUCCUCAUUCGAAACAUUGUUACGCCGUUCAACCACCUUAUAAUCAUCAACGACAUCGUCGUGAUAUCAAGUCAUUGAAUAAUAAUCGCGACAACGACGGUGUUGUCGUUGCAUCUUCUUCUGUCGUGCAAUUGAUUACUCCUGACUGA